UACCAACUCGCUGCAGAGGCACUGAGCUCCGCUUGUUGCCUGCUCUUUACGUACCUGACAGGGCUGCAGGAGCGUCUGUCGCGCUGUGAUCUGUACUGGAAGUAAGACUCAUAGGCAGGACUCAGGGAGACCUAGGAAAGCUAGAAAUGGAAUCUGUGACCUUUGAGGAUGUGGCUGUGACCUUCACUCUGGAGGAGUGGGCUUUACUAGAUCCUUCACAGAAGAACUACAGAGAUGUGAUGCAGGAAACCAUCAGGAACCUGACCUCAGUGGGAAAAAAAUGGGAAAAUCAUUACAUUGAAGAUCAGUACAAAAACCAAGGGAGAAAACAAAGAAGUCAUAAGGUAAAGAGAAUCUGUGAAGAGAAAAAAGGUAGUCAGUGUGGAGAAAACUUCAGCUCUAUGCCAAAUCUCAAUUUGAAGAAGAAAACUCUUCCUGGAGUAAAACCACAGGAAUACAGCGUGUAUGGGAAAGUCUUUAUACAUGAUUCAUCUCGUGAUAGGCACACCAAAUGUGAUACUGGACACAAGCCCUCUGAGUAUCAGAAAAUUGGAGAGAAGCCAUAUAAAUGUAAUGCAUGUGGGAGAGCCUUCAGUUAUUUGCAGUGUUUUGAAAAACAUGAACGAAAUCACAAUAUCGAGAAAUCCUAUAAAUAUGAAGAAUGUGGAAAAUCCUUUAUGUGGCUCAAAACCCUUCAAAAACACAUGAUACGACAUUCUGUGGAUGCUCCUUAUAAAUGCAAAGUGUGUGGGAAAACCUUUAAUUCUUCAACUUCACUUCAAAUAUGUGAAAGAACCCACACUGGGGAGAAGCCCUAUCAAUGUAAACGCUGUGAAAAAGCCUUUAGAUGUUAUAAAAGUUUUCAAAGACAUGAAAAAAACCAUACUGAGGAGAAACCUUAUGAAUGUAAAAAAUGUAGUAAAGCAUUCAGGUACCCCAGUUAUCUUCAAAUGCAUGAAAGAACUCACAGUGAAGAGAAACCGUAUGAAUGUAAGAAAUGUGGAAAAGCCUUCAGAUUUCACAGUUCCUUACAACCUGAUGAGAGGACUCACACAGGUGAGAAACCCUAUGAAUGUAAGGAAUGUGGAAAAGCAUUCAGAUAUUACAGUUCCUUACAGACACACCAAAGGACUCACACAGGAGUGAAACCAUAUGAAUGUAAGGACUGCGGGAAAGCCUUCAAAUAUUUCACUUCCUUACAAAUACAUGAACACUCUCACACGGGAGAAAAACUUCAUGAAUGUAAAAAAUGUAGUAAAGUAUUUAUUGCUCCCAAUUAUCUUCGAAAACAUGAAAGAACUCACAGUGGAGAGAAACCCUACGAAUGUAAGGAGUGUGGAAAAGCUUUCAGAUCUUACAGUUCUUUACAAAUGCAUGCAAGGACUCACACCUUAUGACUUCUAUUAGAAACAAGAAGCAUAUUAUGAUUUUCUAUUAGUGAUUUUAUUAGAAAC